UUCCCUCUUCACAAUACUUGAGGUUCCUGUGUGUUUGUGGGUGCCUGCAUAUUCCAGAUUAGAAGGUUUUUCGUCAAGUGUUCCAGCUACAAUUACAACUUACAGUCUCCCAGAGUGAGAGGUGGCGUCAUAUGACAGAGCCAAAAUGCUGGAUGACAUUAAGAAGCGGUUUGAAUUUCCUAAUGCAGUUAUUCAAUCACAGGCAGUGGGUCAUCUGAUUGCUGCAGUACUGAAAGAAAAUGUUUCUUCAGAGAAAAUCAGGCAGGCGUCUGACCAGACCCCUGCUCUGAACUUACUUUGGGAGAACUGCUGCAGUGAGAACGUUGCCUUGCGAACAGCCUGCUCUGAGGGGUUGGUGGCACUUGUUGCAGAGAAACAUGCUGAGCUAGACUAUGUUCUUCAUGGAGCUCUCAACCUAAUUCCCUCAGCAAGGAACGUACAUGGUUUAGUAAAAACUAUUUUGAAAUUACUACAAAUUCAAGCCAUUCAACUGGGAGAACAUGGAAAUGAGGCUGUCUGGAAUCUUUAUGGCAUCAGGAACAAUAUUCAUCCAUUAAUCAAUGUCCUUGAAAACAGACCUGAUUGCUGGCCAGUUCUACUGCAGCAGAUAACAGUAUUUUUCCACCAGUGUCCAGAGAAGGCACAGAGUUCAUGUGUUGGCAUAAUGGCUCCAUUUCUAAGAUACCUGUAUUGUGAACCAUCUCAGUUACGGGAAUAUGCUGAACUGCGAAUGGGUUUACUUAAGAUCUUACUUCAGCCCCGUGGUCCUAAGCACAAAGAAGCACCCUCCAUGCUGGAAUGCCAGAUUCUUCAACUUCUGUGGGAUGUGGUUCCCCACCUUCAGCAUAAAGACUUACUGCAAGUUACAGAAGCCUCAUUUUUUCUGCAAGAGCUAUUCCUCAGUCUACUGCGUUAUUCUGUGUUUUGGAAAGUUCAGUUAUCUGAGUUUUGUCUGCAACUGUUAAGCUUCUGUGAAGUGUGCUUAAAUGUAAUGGGAGAAUGCUCAUCUUUGAUCUCCUUAAUAGAAGACAACUUUGAGCUCUUAAAAGAGGCAGUUCCAGUGGAACAGUGUAUAAUUGGGCUAGCACUUCUACUGCUGCAAACCCCCAAAAGUCAGCAAAAGUCUAUUCUGAGUCUAGCCUGCAAGCUCCUUUCCUGUUCAGAAACCCAGAGCAUCUCAACCACAGCCUUUACUUUGGUGAUGCCUGUGCUACAGAUCUUAACUUCUACAACAGUUGGGGACUGCCUAUCAGAGGAUGAUUCUGGAAUUACAAGGCAGCAGCUGGCUGUAAACCUUUUGGAACUAAUACAGGAGGAAGGUGUGAAGGAUAAAAAGGAAUUGGUAUCCUGUAAACUCAUUUACCCCAUAACCAGCUCUUACAGCUCAUUGUUUAUAACCUGGAAGAUGAUAGAGCUCAUGAAAGAGAAGUCUGCAGUUACUAACUGGUUAUCUUCAGUUAAAUCACUGUUACCUGUCACCACUAAAGUCCCUGCCCAUGUUUUUCUUCUGCUGGCUUAUCUACUGGUCCAGAAAGAUGGAGACAGUCUUCGUGAUGUACUCCAGACUACUACAGAAAUAGUCAAGGCUGAUUGUUCUCAGGUCCCAAAUCUGAUCCCAGUUCUAAUAUUUAAAUUGGGAAGACCUUUGGAGCCUGCACUUUACAGGGAUGUAUUGUAUACAUUGCCUACACUGGGUGUACACAAGGUUUGUGUUGCUCAAAUUCUGCGUGCCAUACACAUGCUGGGAAGCGUGCCAAAGCUUAGAGCGGUUACUUUGCGGCUGAUGACAUCCUUAUGGGAAAGACAGGAUCGAAUUUAUCCAGAACUGCAGAAGUUCUUGGCAAUGUCUGAUAUGCCUUCUUUGUCUGUUGACAAAGAUGCUCAAUGGGAAAAGCUGAUUGCUAAAGCUGCUUGUAUAAGAGAUAUAUGCAGGCAGAGGCCAUACCAGCAUGGAGCAGACAUGUUGGCUGCAAUUUCCCAGGUAUUAAAUGAAUGCACAAAACCUGAUCAAGCUUCACCUGCUGCCUUAGUGUUACAGGGUCUUCAGGCACUUUGUGAAGCUGAGGUUGUUUGCAUCCGUUCUACAUGGAGCGCUCUGUCUCCAAAGUUGAGUUGUGAUACAAGACCCCUCAUUUUAAAAGCACUGAAUGAGUUGUUUGCCCUGGUUCCCUCAUUAACAGUGAAUACAAGUGAACAUGAGAAAUUUAAAGCUCAAGUUGUCAACUUCCUUUGGAACAACACACAAAACAAGGAUGCUGUUGUAGCCAUUUCAGCUUACAAAUCACUCUCGGCAUUUGGCUCUGAAGAACAUAAAAUUUUUCAUCUUCCUGAACAGGCACGACCAGAAGUAAACACUUUGGAGGAGGCAGACGUGGAUGAAGGAGAAGAUCUUUUUGUUCCAGGCUCUUCAUACAUCAAGCUGUUGUCUCUAACACCAGCUUGUGUUUUAGGAGCAUUUGAAGAGUUUGCAACAUCACUUGUGAAACAGGAGAUGACCAACAUGCCCCGUGGUAUCUAUCAUUCUGCCUUGAGAGGAGGGACCACACGGUCAGACCAAGGGAAAGCCAUGGCAGGUGUUCCAAAUUUCUUGCUGAAAAUGUAUGAGAGGAACAAACAACCAGGCAUGACGCCAGGCCUUGCAGCUGGUAUGUUGUCUUGUUACGACCUUCCAGUCCAUAUGGGUAAAGAUGGGAAGCCUAUUAAUCGAUUUUUGGUCAGCAGGGGCCGUAAUUUCCAGCAAAUGUUGGUAGCCCUCAUUCAUGAGGUUAACAUUCAACCUUCUGAAUGGCACCGCUCUGUACUGCUGCCACAGUCCUGGUUAGGAUUUAUGAGUCGAGCCUACAGUGCAAUCCUGCAGGGCAGACAGGCAGAGCUGGAGAUGCAGUUAAAACAUGGAAAAGAGAAUCCUGAAGAGGUGCAAUACAAACAAUUUACAGCCUGGCUCUGGGUCAGAGAUAUGUUGACUGAUAUCAUCAAAGGUGCUUCCAAGGACAGCCCAGUGGUGAAAGGAAACUCUAUUUUUGCCUUAACUGGUCUUGCAGUUGCUGUAGCCAAACAUGAAAGCAGCCUUUCCUCAGACAUUGAAGGGAUGCCUGAGACUGAACCUGAUUUUCUUCCCACAAAACAUUGGAUUUCUAUGGUCACAGAGACCCUCUUCAGUGUUGUGAAUAGCCGCUAUCGCCCCAGAGGUCAAGUCUUUCCAUGGUUCUACCAGAAAUCCUAUUCAGGUGAAAAUACUGCCAGUAGUAUAGCUCGUUCCUGUGCAGCCACUGCUUUGUCUCUCCUGGUGCCAGUUUUCACUGUAUCAUGCAAGGAGAAGGUUGAGGAGGUCCUGAAUAUGCUGACUGACAGGUUGCCUGGAAAACAAAAUGCUGAUGAGUCUCAAGCUGUUCAAAUCCACAUGGGCCUUGGGCUGGGGAUGUUUAUCUCACGUUUGUAUGAAGAAAAAGUCAGUGAUGUAUCUGGUCAGCAAAUGAACUUGGUUCUAAUGAAGUCCCUGGAUGCACUGGAAGACUCCUGCUUUGACACUAGUCUGGAGUACAGCACUGGAUGUAUUUUGGGAGUAGGACUUGUUCUGUCAAUUAUGAGUCACAGUAGCCAAACAGAGUCACGAGUACAUGUUUCUGCUUCAUUGAGAAAACUCCGCAAAUACCUGGACAGCAGUGAGGACCAAAGCAGAUGGGUGCAGGAGGUGCUUGCCUAUUCUGUGGCCUGUUCCUGUGUCUCUGCUUUCAGUGUUGGCAUCAUAGAAGCACAUGAGGCUGAGGAGGCCAUGAACAAGCUACGGACCUUAGUUGAAAAUAAUCAGCAGACCCAUGGCUUUGCUUUAGCUCUAGGUGCAAUAGUACAUGGAUUGUCAGCUUGUGGUCAUGGAAAGGCUGAAGACCUGAGUAACAGGCUAAUGCCAGCCUGGAUAAAAGUUGUGCUUGCAGAGGGUUCUCCAACAAUGCAGCGUCUGGCUGCUGUCAGUGGGCUGGUUGCACUGGUGGGCUCUGAAGGAGGCAUGAUACAGCUGAAAUCCGAGAGAAUUCAGUCCUCCCAGUUUCAAAGUAAGCUGAAUGAAGUCAUCAGAACCCUUACACAGAUAAUCAGUCUUUCAGGGCAGAUUGGCCUUCAGACAAAUGCAGCAGGACUUUUGGGACGCCUUUAUAUGUCCUGUUUGUCUUCUACCCAGAACAGGAUGUCAGUUCCUCCAGAUUUUGGCUACUUGCCUGAAAACAGCUUUAUUAGGGCAGCCAUUGACUUUGCCAUUGAAAGUGGAAAAAAAGGCCCCGAAUCUGUCCCAUCUGAGCUGGUGAAAGUAGCCCUGGCACCCAUUGCAUUAGUUGGAGAAAACCAUCAGUAUCCACCUGUAAACUGGGCAUCCAUUCUAUCUCCUUUGAUGAGAUUAAACUUUGGUGAUGAGGUAAAACAUCUCUGCCUUCAGCUGGCAGUGACACAGGCCCAGUCAUCUCAAAAUGCCGCAAUGCUUUUGGGGAUGUGGGUGACAUCUCCCCUUGUCUACAGUCUCAGUAUGAAAACCCAGAAAUACCUUUUCAUGUCCCUCUCUCUGUGGAUGAAACAUGUUGCAGAAGACAAACUACAGUCUUUUAUGGAAGUGUUUCUGAUACAAAAAUUUGGAGUGAACCACAGAAAAAAAACAGAAAUUUGCCAGUGUGUUUUACAGGGUCUUAUGCAAGCAAUGAAACUUCCAGACCUUGCCCAGUACUGCUGGAGCUUUCUGUGCAAGGCUGUGGAGAAAAUAUUUAAACUUCUACCAAAUGAGGUUCAGAGAAGUGAACUGGAGAUGUAUGUCAGUGUAGCAAAGUGUAUCUCAGAAAUGGCUGAUUCAGAGAUUGAUCGCAUUGUCCAGAUUUCUCAGAGCAAUAUAGAGAAGGCCACAUUCAUGAAGUUGUAUUUAAUUUCUCAAGGCAAACUGCCUCUAAUGAAUUUGCGUGCUGUGAUUGAUACUGUGGCAGUAUAUCACAAGAAAGAAGAUAUUUCAUGGAUGCUGUUGCAUAGUUUCUGUCAUGUUCAUAUUGUAAGCCAUGAAAAUACAGGAGUGCUGAAAAGAAUGGACUGGAUGCUAGAGCUGAUGGGCUACAUCAGAAAUUUAGCGUACAAGUCAAGACCCUUAGAAAAUGUCAAUCUUAAAGAGUUCAUAGAUUUUCUCCUGUGGCUGUUUGCAGCGUCUGUGGUGGCCUGGGCUGACCAUAGUGCACCAUUACUGCUUGGCAUCAGUGCUAACUGGUUACUGUGGAAGCAGCAAGCAGCAUUACCAGAAUUAUCUGAGGAUGACAUUGGCAAGCACCCCAUUGACAAGCUUGCUGUGCAAGAGACUCUCACUCUCCUUCCAAGCAGCAUUUGCCUUUUGCUGGCUAAAGAGCCUUGGAAAGAACAAACGCAGAAGUUUAUUGACUGGAUGAUCAGUAUGAUGGAAAGUCCUAAGGAAGCAUUAUCAGAAUCUUCUAUGGACCUGCUGAAAGUUACACUUCUGGCCUUGAGGUCUGUUGCAGAGUUCAGGAAGAAAGCAGUGUGGACCAGAGCUUAUGGGUGGUAGCUGCAAAGUGUAUCUUAUCCCAUGAAGAAAAAUGCACAUCCUUUAAAGCAUAAUAGCAUUACUCAGGAAUCAAGAAGACCAAUUUCAGAGAGGUUUCCUGUCAUGAGCUUUUGGCUUUUUGGGGAUGUUAUUU